CGCGCGGCCGGGGCGAGCCAGCUGCGCCGUGCGAGGAGCGCCGCCGGGAGCCGAGAACCGGGCCCGGGCCCGGGCCGCUGCGCGGUGCAGGAGCGGGGCGCGCGAGCUAUGAUGUCGACCUACAAGCGGGCCACGCUGGACGAGGAGGACCUGGUGGACUCGCUGUCCGAGGGCGAAGUGUACCCGAACGGCCUGCAGGUGAACUUCCACAGCCCCCGGAGUGGUCAGAGAUGCUGGGCUGCGCGGACCCAGAUGGAAAAGCGGCUGCUGGUGCUGGUGGUACUCCUGGUGGCCGGGCUGGUGGCCUGCUUGGCAGCGCUGGGCGUUCAAUACCGGACAAGAACCCCCCCAGUGUGCCUAAGUGAGGCCUGCGUCUCUGUGACCAGCUCCAUCUUGAGUUCCAUGGACCCCACGGUGGACCCCUGCCAGGACUUCUUCACCUACGCCUGUGGCGGCUGGAUCAAAGCCAACCCUGUGCCUGACGGCCACUCGCGCUGGGGGACCUUCAGCAACCUCUGGGAACACAACCAAGCCAUCAUCAAGCACCUCCUCGAAAAUUCCACAGCCAGUGUGAGUGAGGCAGAAAGAAAGGCCCAGGUAUACUACCGUGCAUGUAUGAAUGAAACCAGGAUUGAGGAGCUCAAGGCCAAGCCCCUGAUGGAGCUGAUUGAGAAGCUAGGGGGCUGGAACAUCACAGGUCCCUGGGACAAGGACAACUUCCAGGACACCCUGCAGAUGGUCACCUCUCACUACCGCACGUCUCCCUUCUUCUCUGUCUACGUCAGUGCCGACUCCAAGAAUUCUAACAGCAACGUGAUCCAGGUGGACCAGUCUGGCCUGGGCUUACCCUCAAGGGACUACUACCUGAACAAAACUGAAAACGAGAAGGUGCUGACGGGAUACCUGAACUACAUGGUCCAGCUGGGGAAGCUGCUGGGUGGAGGGGACGAGGCUGCCAUCCGGCCCCAGAUGCAACAGAUCCUGGACUUUGAGACGGCGCUGGCCAACAUCACCAUUCCCCAGGAGAAGCGCCGGGAUGAGGAGCUCAUCUACCAUAAGGUGACAGCUGCCGAAUUGCAGGCCUUGGCGCCCGCCAUCAACUGGCUGCCCUUUCUCAACACCAUCUUCUACCCCGUGGAGAUCAAUGAGUCCGAGCCGAUUGUUGUCUAUGACAAGGAGUACCUGGGGCAGGUCUCCACCCUCAUCAAUAACACCGACAAAUGCUUGCUAAACAACUACAUGAUCUGGAACCUGGUGCGGAAGACAAGUUCCUUCCUUGAUCAGCGCUUUCAAGACGCCGACGAGAAGUUCAUGGAAGUCAUGUAUGGGACCAAGAAGACCUGUCUUCCCCGGUGGAAGUUCUGCGUGAGCGACACAGAGAACAACUUGGGCUUCGCCCUGGGCCCUAUGUUUGUCAAAGCGACCUUUGCGGAGGACAGCAAGAGCAUAGCCAGCGAGAUAAUCCUAGAGAUCAAGAAGGCGUUUGAGGAAAGCCUGAGCACGCUGAAGUGGAUGGACGAAGACACUCGGAGAUCAGCCAAGGAGAAGGCAGAUGCAAUCUACAACAUGAUAGGCUACCCCAACUUCAUCAUGGACCCCAAGGAGCUCGACAAAGUGUUCAAUGACUACACUGCGGUUCCGGACCUCUACUUUGAGAAUGCCAUGCGGUUUUUCAACUUCUCCUGGAGGGUCACUGCUGACCAGCUCAGGAAAGCUCCCAACAGAGACCAGUGGAGCAUGACCCCGCCCAUGGUGAACGCCUACUACUCGCCCACCAAGAACGAGAUUGUGUUUCCGGCCGGCAUCCUGCAGGCGCCUUUCUACACCCGCUCCUCACCCAAGGCCUUAAACUUUGGUGGCAUUGGUGUUGUCGUGGGCCACGAGCUGACUCAUGCCUUUGAUGAUCAAGGACGGGAGUAUGACAAGGACGGGAACCUUCGGCCCUGGUGGAAGAACUCGUCCGUGGAGGCCUUCAAGCAGCAGACCCAGUGCAUGGUGGGCCAGUACAGCAACUACAGUGUGAACGGGGAGCCGGUGAACGGCCGGCACACCCUCGGGGAGAACAUCGCCGAUAACGGGGGUCUCAAGGCAGCCUAUCGGGCCUACCAGAACUGGGUGAAGAAGAACGGAGCUGAGGAGACGUUGCCCACCCUGGGCCUCACCAAUAACCAGCUCUUCUUCCUGGGCUUCGCACAGGUCUGGUGCUCCGUCCGCACGCCCGAGAGCUCCCACGAAGGCCUCAUCACCGACCCUCACAGCCCCUCCCGCUUCCGGGUCAUUGGCUCCGUCUCCAACUCCAGGGAAUUCUCAGAACACUUCCACUGCCCACCUGGCUCGCCCAUGAACCCUCAUCACAAGUGCGAAGUCUGGUGAGGGGGGAGCACCUCGAGCCAAGACAGAGGAUGAGCCCCCAGGAGGGGCCGACAAGGCCGUCUCUCCCUCCAGCGUCCAGGGCACCGCCCCGCCCCCUCCUCGGCCCCCCAGGGCCCCCCUACCCCGCGCUGGAGGGUUUUCAGCCAGAACUGAGCCUACCAUGUGGGCUCUCAACACAAUCUGAGAUUUGGUCCCCUGUGAAGACCCUGGCAUCCCAGGCACAUGUGCGUCAACUCCAGUGGGCAUUGGGGUGUCGGGCUGGUUGCUCACCAGGCCUGGGCCCCACGCUGACAAGGGCGGUGGACGCAGCCCCUCCCCGCCCACAUCCGGCGCCAGAAAUACCACUGUGUCAAAUGCUUUAAAGAUAUAUUUUUUGGGGAAACUAUUUUUUAAACAUUGUGGAAUACACUGGAAAUGUUCAGGGAAAUAAUGAAUUUAAAACACUUUUUUUUUUUAAGGAAAGAAUUGGUAUAUUUAUUAUAUUCUGUUUUUCUAAAUAACCUGUGGAUAAGGGAAGCCCCACUGACAUACCCCUCUCUUCCUCACUCGCUGCGAGGUCGCCCGAGGCAGCCAUCCCCAGCCAUUGAGCGCGCCCCCAACAGAGAGCUGCCCAGCCCUUGGUGUUUACAGUCUCAGCCUCUGUCACCUGGUUUUGCAGCUGCAGGGUGUAGACAGGAGAGGUGUGAGGCCAGGAAGGGGCAGAGGCCGGCUCAUGGGCCCCGUCCCUCGCAGCUUGCCUGGCUCUGUCCCCACAGUCCAACAGUGGGAACCCCAGCUAAGACGGCCUAAUCCCCAAAGUCGCAGCAGGGAAUUGAUGGCUGCGGCAGGAUGGGGCCCGGUCAUGGCCCCCAAACUCAGCCCGCUGCACCCCGGCGCCCUGGGCCUGGACGGCAGAACGCCUGAGAGACCUGGCCCUCCGUCAGAUGCGUUCUGCCGCGCCGUAGAUAGCCCCUCUCCGUCCCUCUUCCGGCCACUCCCAGCCCAGCCACUUCGGGGUCUGCCCUGCCGACCCUCUUCCGCAAAGGAAGGAGAAUAGAGGAAACCACUCUCCUGUCCCACAGGGCCCAGGUCCUCCCUCUGAGCUCCGUCCUGCACCCCUGGCCUGGGCUCGGCUCCCAGGACCACACGCAGCCCGCCCGCCCACCCUCCAUCUCUAGUGCCUUAUCUGAGGCUGCAGCCCAGGCUCUACCGCAAGGAGACAGCUCCGUACCAGGUGCCCCCGGCCCCUUCAGUGAAGCCUUCAAGUGUCCUGACUAUAAUGCAAGGCCAUACCCCUCCUCCCAGUGCCUGCAGAGCCGCCCCUCACCGCAGCCCGGCAGCUCUAGCCCACAGGGCAGUGGCACCAAGGUCAGGGAUCUGAAGGACCCCUGAACUUGCCCUGAGCCCCAUCCCACCCUCAGCCCCUUGGGUUGAAUCAAGACAAUACGUGUAACUAGAUGGACUCCCCAUUUGGAGAUGUUUUCAGCCAAGGCAGCGUGUGAGGGAAGGGUUCCCCCAACGUGGUCAGUCUAGCCUGUGGGGUCAGCGAGCCAGGAAUGGUGUCCUUCCUUGAGACCCUAGUUCGGGAGCUGUGUCUGGGGGAAGCGGACACCUGUGACUGAGGCCCGGGCGGCCAGAGCCUGUCCUGGCUCUCCCGUCCCAGCAGCCCGUGGCCCGGCCAUGCCCCCUCACCUCGUCCCGGAAGUUAGACUCCUCCCUGCCCAAGGGGACCAGCCGGAUCAUGCUCAGCACUGAGGUCCCCACUGGUCCCCACAAGCAGCGGUCCUGGUCGCUCUUCAGAGGAGACGAAGGACAGGAACCAGAGAAGGACUUAGAGUUGCUUGCCGCACAGAGGUCGGCUUUCCGAGCCCUAGCGCCCUCCAGGCCCCUCCCUUCCCGCCUCCCCCUGCCUUCCCGCCUUCCCCACGGGGCUCACAGUCCUCGAGGGCAUCUGUCCUCUCCUUGGGCUGGGACCUCCUGACCUGAAGCAAGUGUCCCAGGGCUGAGGGUCCAGCCUGAAGGGACGUAGCCUGCACUCAUUUCUUCAGGGUGUCCUGGAAAUGGGCAGGGGCCAAGGGAGAGGAGGGCUCAAGCCCAGCAGGGAUGGAAGCAAAGGGAACACCCCCUGUCCCUGCCCCUCCCGAGCUUAAAACAAGGCCGGGGAGAUGGGCAGCUGCCCCCUGAGAGACCCCUCCCCUGAGGCCCAGGGAGCCAUCGGGCUGGCUUCUCUGCGGGUACGUGGACAUGGGGUUGGGAGCUGGGAAUCUAUUUUUUGUAUUCUUAUGUUUUGUGCUACUGUAGUUUUGGUGUGGCACUAUUGUAACUGAAAUAAAUGACUUGUACCGAG